AUGGCUACUCCACUCGUUAGACAGCACAAAAUCAAGAAGCACAGAAGACAAUUCUGGAGAUUCCAAAGUGACAAGUUCAAGAGAGUUGGCCGAAGCUGGAGACAACCUCACGGUAUCGAUAACAGAGUCCGCCGAAAGUACAGAGGAAAUCAGGAUAUGCCUGGAGUCGGAUUUGGAACUGAUAAGACCACCAGAUUUGUCCUUCCAAACGGAUUCAAAAAAUUCCUCAUCCAUAACGAGAAAGAACUUGAGGUCCUUCUUAUGCACAACAGAUCAUUCUGUGCAGAAUUAGCCCACUCAUUAAGCACAAGAACAAGAAAGAGACUUAUUGAAAGAGCAGCAGAGCUAGACAUCAGAGUUACAAACGCAAGCGCUCGCUUAAGAACUGAAGAAAAGAAAUAA